CACAUUCCAAUUUCCAAGUAUCACAAUCCCUAUUCUUCUCCGAUCUACAAGAACCUUCUGGAAUCGCAAUUAUAAAUUGGUCCUUUCCUUUUCUCCGUUGAAUCGCUUUGAUUCGUUUCUUCCCCAUCGUCUCUUCAACAGAACAACACUCUUUCUUGCUCGCUCCCUCCACAUUGGUGUAGCAGCGGAAUGGAAUCUGGAGCACCGGUUUUGGCUGAGAAAGAGGAGCAAAAGCAACAGCAAGAGCAAGGAGCGUCGUAUACGUAUUGGGUUCGGAAAAUCACGGAAGAUGCAGCGCCUUUGCCUGUUCCUCAUAAGCUGAACGAACAGGAUUCGCAAUCUAACGCCGCCACGGUUGGUUCAGCUUGGAAUCGCGCCGGAACAUGGGAGGAGAAAAGUCUUAACAAAUGGGCAACUCCAAGAAUCAAGGAGUUGCUUACCUCGGUAGGCUCCAUAGCGUUCUCCUCUGGCAGUGCAGAAGUAGAAGAUGUUACAAAAUGUGUUGGCGAUGCAUUCAUGGUGAUAGUUCGGAACAAGAAACGUGUCAGUUACACGUACGAGUUGACCUUAAAAGUCAAAGGGGAGUGGACUAUUCAAGGAGAUAAGAAGUUGGUUAAGGGCGAUAUAGAAGUUCCAGAGUUCUCAUUUGGUGAACUUGAUGACUUGCAGAUGCAAGUGAGACUAAAUGAAUCAACGGAUAUUUUGAAUAAAGAUAAGAUAGAGAUAUGCAACGACUUGAAGCUAUUUUUAAAGCCUGUUCGGGAAAAGUUGCUGCAAUUUGAACAGGAGCUCAAAGAUAGGUAGAAAGGGCUUUCAUUCCUGUGAUAAAAGCCAUGUAGUUUUUGUUCUCGAUUUGAUUGGGCACUAGUGUUUCAAUUUCUUCAGAAAUAAAAGUUCCGUUCUAUUUAUUAUCUGGAUCAAAAUUGAAAUUCUGGACAUUCUCUUGGGUAACUACGAACACGAGGCCCAAGCAUUAUCAUAUUUAAGAUAAUUUAUGAUGGUGUGCCUUUGUUGAUGGACCUCAAA